GAGCAGAGGAUGGAGACAAGGCGUACCAACUAUCACCGUCUCCGCAGAGAACAGAUCCAAGAACUUGAAGCUGUCUUCCGGGAAAUCCCUUAUCCUGAUGAGAAACUCCGGAAGAGCCUUAGUGAGAGGCUCGGCAUGAGUGCCCAACAGGUCAAGUUCUGGUUCCAAAACCAUCGCAGCAACAGUAAGGGCAAGACGCAAAGGCGGGAGACCACCACUCUUAAGUUAGAGAACCAGAUGCUAAAAUCUGACAGGCAAGCCAUCAUGUCGGCUAUGGAAAAUAGCACUUACCUCAAAUGCAGAGGGGCCGUGGUUAAAACUCAGGACACCUCAGAGCGCCAACGCUUGUUCAAGGAGAAUAUGAAGCUCAAGGAGGAACUUAGGCUUGCUGCCACCCAUCUUAAAGAGGGUCUCCAACAAAAUGGAAUGUGGCCCCGAUUGACCCGCAACUAACCGC